AUGGUAAUUCCCACCCAGCGGGCACAAAUGGGUACAGGUUCUUUCGCCGAAGUUGGAGUGGUCGGCGUGGAGGACCAGAUCACCGGCCAGGCGCUGAACGUGUUUCUCGUUCUGAAGAGUCUAUGCGCCGGAACUGAUAGUGUAGAUGUGAGCAAAUCCGCAAAAGAAUAUGUUGGGAAGGCGAUUGGGAGGUUUGCGGUACCCAAAGCCCUCUUUAUUGUUGAUGAUCUCUCAAAAACGUGA